GCGCAACAUCUUUCAGAAAAAAUGCGGGAGCGCAGAAAACUAUCUUGAGAGAUUUCUCUGGUCCUGGGUCGGAGGAAGAGUAAAGAGAAAACUUGGCCAGUUGUUGAUACCAUGGCGAAACAGAGUGGAUCCCGCUGGCACAGGUUGCUAACUACCUUCAAAUCCAAGAACAAGGACGGGACCAACUCCAAUAUAGAUUCAUCGUCACAGAAACAUUCUCACAACUGCUCCAAUAACGGUCUCAGGGUUGGAGUUUCCAAUAUGAAAGGAUACAAGAAAUCCAAUCAGGAUCGUUGCACUGCUUUCUCCUACCUAGAGGGGGACCCGGAUCUAGCAUUUUUUGCUGUGUAUGAUGGUCACGGAGGAACAGGAGUAGCAAACUAUCUCAAGGAUCAUCUUCAUCAAUUCAUCCUCUCACAAGCAGAAUACAGGGAAGGUGAUAUACCGGAAGCUAUUCUCAAAGGAUUUCUAGCGGUUGAUUCGGAACUAAAAACCUACGGAAAUGCUACAGAAUUAACGGGCAGCACAGCGACGUGUGUUUUGAUUAAACACGGAGACAUUCUUGUUGCAAAUCUGGGAGACAGUCGAGCUGUUGCUAGUGUCGGGGGACUUGUCAAGCAGAUUACACAAGAUCAUAAUACAUCAAACCCUAGAGAGAGGGAAAGAGUUACAGCAAUGGGAGGAGUCAUCAAGGAUAAUAGAGUUGGUGGAGUACUUAUUCCUACAAGAAGUUUCGGAGAUUUUCUUCUUAAAUCUGAACCUGAUAAACCUCCAUGGAAGCAGGUAAUUUCUCCAGUUCCCCAGAUUGAGGAGUUCAAGAUCAACUCCGGGUGGGAUUUUCUAGUCCUAGCUUCGGACGGAGUCUGGGAUGCAAUGAGCAACCAGGAUAUUCUCAAGUUCAUCCGAACCCGGCUGGACAGUAAACUCAGGUAUACUUUCUAAUUGGUCAGAUUAGGACUAGAUUAGAUAUCUAGGUUUAAUUGGAACCAGUGUUAGAGUGCAUCUGGACUAUGGGACAUCACAUUUUGUACAUUUUCCAUGCAAACUUAUCUGGGACUAAUCAGGACGAGAUGCGCUCAGAGCUGGGAAAUUUACAAUGGAUAACCUUUAAUCC